GAUACAGCCAUCAAAGGGAUGGUGAAACAUAUUUUCCAAGGAUACAACGUAACUAUAUUAGCUUAUGGUCAAACUGGAAGCGGUAAAACUCAUUCAAUGGGCACCAACUACGAUGAAACAGAAGAUUGCGGUGUUAUACCACGUGCAGUAAAUGACAUAUUCACUAUAAUUUCAUCCAAGGAAGAUUGGAGUUUCAGAGUCACAGUUUCGUUUAUGGAACUAUAUCAAGAACAAUUAUACGAUCUGUUAACUGAGAAACAACGUAGUCAAUCUGUCGUUGAUAUUAGAGACGAUGGGAAAAAUAUAAAAGUUGCUGGAGUUGUGGAAAAAGAAGUGGAGAAUGCAAGAGAAACAUUGGAAUGUUUAAUGCAGGGAUCUCUAGGUCGUGCAACUGGUGCUACAGCAAUGAAUGCCCAGAGUAGCCGCAGCCAUGCCAUUUUUACAUUAUGUGUACAUCAACAAAAAAAGAAUGACCCUAAUACAGCAACAACAGCAAAGUUCCAUUUAGUAGAUUUAGCUGGAUCCGAGCGUAGUAAAAAAACGCAAGCAACCGGCGAGAGAUUCAAGGAAGGUGUCAAUAUAAACAAAGGUCUAUUAGCAUUAGGCAAUGUUAUAUCGCAAUUAGGCGACGCUGGGCCCUCGUCUUACGUUGGUUAUCGAGACAGUAAACUCACCCGAUUGUUACAAGACUCCCUUGGAGGUAACUCCAUGACCCUGAUGAUAGCAUGCGUUAGUCCAGCAGAUUACAACUUGGACGAAACUUUGAGUACGCUAAGAUACGCGGAUAGAGCGCGAAAAAUAAAAAAUAAACCUAUAAUAAAUCAAGAUCCACAAGUUUUAGAAAUAAAUAGGUUGAAUAAAUUGGUGCAGGAAUUGAAGCUUGCUUUGGUAGGUCAAGAAAUUGGAAUAUCCUGUCCAGCUGAGCAUCGAGAACUUGAAGAAAAAAAUCAAUAUUUACGAAAUAAGAUAAGAGAUUUAACGGAAAAACUACACGCAAAUUUAAUCGAAGUUGUAGUCAUGCAUGAAAGAGCAGAACUAGCUGAAGAAGCUAGAGAGAAAAUUGAAACAGAUAUGGCGAAAAUAUUAAAAGAUUGCAAAGAACUUUUAGACAAUUUCGAUCAAAAUGUUGGUACAUAUACCGAACAUCGCGCGCAAUUAGAGGCUAUAUAUAUGGAAAUUCUGAAUAUUCAAAACGAUCAGAAAAAAACGUCCGAGGAACUCAUAAAUUGUGGAAUAUCAUCUCUCAGCUCAAAAACAUUUGACGAUAACGAGAAUUUAAAACAGACUUCUGAAGGAGAAACGAGUCUCGAAAAUCCAGACAGUUUAGACGAUAUCGACAUGAAACAGGAAGAGCAUACUCUGCUUCAAGUCAAAAGGAAUAACGAAGUACAAAACAUAAACAAAGAACUAGCUAUUAAAGAAAGUCUUAUGAGCAAAUUGUUGAAAGACUCUUCUCAAAUAAUUGAUUACUCCAAAGAAAAACAAGAAAUGGAACAAGAGAUAAGAGCACUCCAGGCAGAAAGAGAAGAGCUCACGCAAGCACUGCAAAAUAUUCAAGCAAAAAAUGUUAGCUCAAAGUUGGCGGAAAGUCGUCGGAAGAAAGUACAAGAAUUAGAAAAGAAGAUAGGAGAACUGAGGCGCAAAGUUACGGAACAAGACAGAAUAGUCAAAAUGAAAGAGAAACAAGAUCAACAAAUAAAAAAUCUAUCGAACGGAAUGCAGCUGUUGAAAAAAACUAGGGUUCAAUUGAUUAGGCAAAUGCGAAUUGAGUCUGAUAAAUUCGCAAAAUGGAAGGAAUCUAAAGAGAAAGAAGUGAAUAAGUUGAAAAAUCAGAAUAUGAAGCAAACCAACGAAGUAACGCGUUUGAAGAUGUGGCAUAGUAAACAGGAAACAGUUUUCAAAAGAAAAAUGGAGGAAGCUUAUGCGAUCAACAAAAGAUUGAAGGAAGCACUCGAUUUGCAGAAAAAAACAGCAAUGAAGAGAGAAAAAAUGAAUAAUAAAUCGGAGAAAAUUAAAAAUUGGCUGCAGCAAGAGUUGCACAUAUUGGAGAGCACAGUUGAUGCUGAACAUACUCUUGAAAAUUUGAUGCAAGAUAGAGCAUCGCUGGCUUCUAUGCUAGAUAAGAUUCGAAAUAGUAGCGAUGCAAACGAGGAAAAGAUUUCCGAACUUACAGACUUCAUAGAUCUGCGUAACACUCAAAUUAGCGAUCUGCAACAAAAAAUAGUUGAGUCGGAUCAGGAAAAUAGGAAGUAUUCCAGAUGGCAACAGAUACACACAAUGGAUGAUGCAAAAACAGCAUUAAAAAUAUUAUUUAAACAUACCGCUGAAAAUAGGCGAAAACUGUGCGCAAAGGAAUUUGAAUACAAGGAUCUUAUGGAGAAGUUCGAAGAAGUGCGGGCGACGGAAACGGAAAGGCGUUUUUCAGAACAGCUCGCUUUAAACGAAAGCACAAGUCGCGUUGUAGAACUUAAAAACGAGGAAAUUGCUAAAUUAAAAGAAGAAUUGGAAAAGUACAAGGAAAAAUGUCAACGUCUAGAGCCAACAGUUUUAAGCGACAGCUCAGAUAAUAUUAAAAAAUCGAAACCUAAAGUCAAAAAACAGACAUCCAGACUUGUGGAAUUGGUUGAUGCAAAUACCUGUCCUCUGUCAGAUGACAGUAUUACCGAGUGCGACGAUACGGAGAAAGAUCCAGAUUGGAUACACACACCACUGUACAAUCGGAUACGAAAGCUUCAGAAUACAACUAGAAACUCUUCGCUGGACCGCACGACAGUGAAACGAACAUCGGAUGGUGAUAUAAAAUGCAGUUGUAAAACGAAUUGUUCUACGCGUGUUUGCAGAUGCUUUAAGAAUAAGACUCUGUGCCUUAAUUGUAGCUGCAAUCCGGAACUGUGUAAAAACAAAGAUACAAAUAAUUUCAAUCGGAAUUUAUUCGUUGACAAUGACGAAAACAAAGAAACUGAUGAACUAAUAAAGAAACAAAAGUUGGUGGAGUCGCAUCUAUAAAAGGGACGUGAAUUUAGUUAAAAACCAAUUUAUCGCAUUUCAUUGGAUCAGCAUACUGUUACUAGAUAGAUACAUAUAUAUUUAUUCCAACCAAGAAAUGGACUUUGUUACAAAUCUCCUAAUCAUAGCAUACUGUUGCUACUAUUUGUAUAUAAAAUGAGCGACUGUUAUUUAAUGAUGUAUUUCAUAGUACUAGAGCUAGCGAACAAUGUUUUAUUCCAUUUCAUAUUGAAACCUAAUUGCUUUAUGUUACUUUAGACUAAGCCUAUUUGAUAUUAUUUCUCAGUAUUUAUUAUUUGUAUAUAAACAAAAAGUGUUACAAUCUUGUUACA